GUUUUCUUCUUUUUUCUGAAGCGACUGCGGACUCCGUUUCUAGCGACGGUACAAAAGAAAGCGCUGCACACAUACACACACUUCAUCGGGGCGAGAAGGAAAACAAAGUAGAACUUCAGAGAACGUAAGCGAAUCAUAGAAGCCAGUGACUCACGUCAUCACCGUAGAGGCUAAGCGUCAAUUGCUCACGUUGGGCUCCUUUUUGUUGUUUUUCUUCUGCUGAAUCUUAAAGAAAGGAAAAGAAAAACCUGCGAAGGCUCCAUAGAAGGCACCCGACCUCGUUGGUAGCACUGGCAGUGACAUCUAAACGUACUACUGGCAGCUAAUCUGUUUACUUCCUUUGUGUUUCACGGAAGAAAGUAGAAGUCAAUCAGAAGAGUAGAAGUCGAAAUAGAGCAUCGGUUAAGCAACACAUUGAAGAAGUCAUACACAAUCGUUUUCUUUCACACGCACAACCCCUUCGCACCUACCCCCCCCCCUGCGAAGAAGAAACACGUGCUACGAUGUCCUCCUCGCGCAUGAAGCAAGGCGGCGACGAGGCCACGUACGAUGAAACUAUGGAAGCCACCUUCGACCCCGUUGACCAAGGCGAAGGAGAAGAGGAGGUCGUUUCCUACCUCAUGCCGCGCCUCGCCGCCUACGCCUCCCGCUCCGCCUCCUCCUUGCUAGAGUCCGAUGGAGAUGAACAGGAUAGCGUGAAAAACGAAGGUGAUUCGACCCACGAGGCAAACGAGAAGGCGGAGGAAGAUCGGACGGGGCACGUUCUGGCUGCGCGUGACAGCGGCGAGCGCUCCGCUGCGCACGUGACGGAUGACGGAACUGCGGAGGAGUCUCGUGAGCGGAUGAACAGUGAAGACAGCAGUAGUGUCGAGAAAACGGAAGGUGCCGCUGCUGUGCAGGCAGAUGAGCAGGAUGUGGCCUGCGCAGACAGCGGUGUGGACGACGACGUCCACGAGGAGGAGGAGGAUGACACGUACAAGGUCGACAGUGAUGCCGCUGAGGGCCGCGCCACCGCGUCCCACUACGCGACCGCCUUUGCGCACAGCCGUGUGAAGGAGCUCCUGAAGUACGAAGGCAGCUCCUCCAUCGUGUCCAAGGACGCCGCGGCGGCUGCGUGUGAGGCGGUGGCGCUGCUGACGCGCGAUCUCGUUGCCACGGCGGCGGCGGAGGCCACGCGCAGAAACCGCAGAACGCUGACGUACGACGACGUCGCACGCGUCGCGCAGCUGCUGGAUCGAUUUUCUUUCCUGGCGGAUGUCGUGCCACCAGCGCCGUCGUCCUCCUCGGGCGCCAGCUUUGGCGCCGGCAAGUCCAUUGUGGUGGGCAGUCACCUCCAGUCGUCGUCCGCUGCGGGUGGUGGUGGUGGUGGAAAUAGCAGUCGCGGUGGGCCAAGGAAGAGGAAUGUAGAGGCGUCGGCGCGCAGCAAGUCAGCGCAAGGGCGGGGACAAGGACCCACUGCUUCGGCGGUGGGGUCCGAGGUGAACGCUGCGGCACGCGCAAAGACGACACACGCGCGUGUGAUGCACAGCGUGGCGUCUCCGCAGGUGCAUCCGCAGCCGGGAGGCAUGCGUCAAGCCACGUUGCGUUUCUAG